CUCACUAGACAACACUCCGGACAGAAGGGGGACAUUCUGUGGACACACUUGACCACUAUCUGGCCAAACUGACCACUCCGAACAUGCAGCGGACUGCAUUACUCCUCCUCUUUCCUCUUCUUUCCGUCUUGUUUUCACAUAUCGGAGUUUACAGUAAGAAGAGAGCGGACAUAUCGGGGGACAGAUCUCGCAAUUUAAUUCAUGCAAGAAUGCAUUCAUCCAGAAAUACGUCAUUGGUUUCAUUAGAGAAAAGCGGUAAAAACAAUCAGUUAUUGUGUCGUUAUUAUUCAAAGUGGUCCAAAUGGUCAAACUGCAAUAGACAUUGUGAACAAAGUCGCGUGCGGCGAUGUAAAAAUCGAAAAUACUGUGGCACAAGCUUCCUUAAGGAAAAAAGACACUGCCGGAAACAGAAGGGUGUGUGCUCGUCACUUUCUUAUAAAGUUAUUGGAUUCAGAAGAAACCGAUUAAUGGAAAAGAUUCUUUAUGAUCUACUCUAUGAUGAAUGGUCACUUUGGGGGCGCUGUAAGCGGUCAUGCCGGAAACGGCGAUUCCGCACAUGCAAGGAGCCACGUAUUUGUGGGAAUAGUUACAUUCAACAAGAAAGAGACUGUAAGCUGCCUGGAACAUUAUGUGAGAAAAAAUAUACUUUAAGAAGCGAUGAAGAAAAUUCUUCCGUAAUUAAACAAGUAGAAGCACCUGGGCCCUCAGGCAAAGAAGGUACACAUGAUGUAGCCGCGCCUACUCUCAAGGAUAUCAGCAAUGUAUGUGGAGAAAGGAAAAUGAGGGGCUCCUUUAGAAUUGUCGGUGGUCAAGAGGCACGUCCUAAUAGUUGGCCAUGGCAGGUCGCUAUCCUAACGAGAUGGAAAGAACAGUACUGUGGCGGAACGCUUAUAGCUCCUAACUGGGUUCUAACCGCUGCACAUUGUAUCCGGAAACGUUCUAAACGACGUAAGGUCAUUGUGCGCGUUGGGGAACACGAUAUUCAAGCGUAUGAUACGACGGAAGUGGAUUUACGUGUGGAAAGGGAUUUCCCUCAUCACCAUUUUGACUAUGAAACAAUUACAAAUGAUAUUGCAUUACUUAAACUCAAAGAGAAAAAAUCCUAUCGAGAAAGUGACGAUGUGGUUAAGGGAUAUGCUUGUCUUGCUCCGGAAAAUUACGAAGUUCCGGAUGGAACUAUGUGUAUGACAGUAGGCUGGGGAAAGGAACGCAACACAGAUGUAACCGGUAGUGACGUUUUACAGGAAGCACAGGUGCCAAUAGUUAAUAAAAAGAAAUGCCGAAAGGCUUUCGACUAUAAAAUAACGGACAAGCAAAUUUGUGCGGGGUACAAGAAAGGGGGUGUAGAUUCUUGUGCUGGAGACAGCGGUGGACCCUUAUUGUGCCCCAGAAACGAUAACGGCACAAUGCGUUGGUUUGUGUAUGGAGUUACGAGUUAUGGAGAGGGAUGCGGACAGAAAGGGAAAUUUGGAAUUUAUACAAAAGUCACAAAUUAUCUUAAAUGGAUUAACAGAAUUGUGAGAAAUAAUCCGUAAUAAAUCGUUAUAAGCUUAAAAUGCUAAUCGUGACAUCACGGCCAUUUCCGGCACUCUUCGUUAUCUAAUCAGAUUCCAACUCUAGCUGUGAUUUGACGAGUUGUCGUUCUUGGUAAUAAGAUUCAGUGUUAGCUGAGAAAUCCUAUAUUUUUGAGAUAUAUUGACCAUGUUCAUUUGUGUAUCUAAACAUUUUUGUUGUUGAUGUUUACUUGUAUAUAUAUAUAUCUGUAAGUG